UAUGUCCCAGCUCUCCGGCCUCUCAGGCAGCAGGCUUUCCUCCUGGCUUUCCCACAGACUCAGCCUUCCCGCCUGACACAGAGACUGGCAGAGAUCUCACUCCGCCAGGGGCUGAAGGCAGACACGGGCACCCUGAUGUCACUGUGCGAGAAGACCGACAACGACAUCCGGUCCUGCAUCAACACGCUGCAGUUCCUUCAUAGUCGUGGCGUCAAGCAGCUGGACAGCAAGACGAUUCAGAGCAUCUCUGUGGGGCAGAAGGACCAGAACAAAGGCUUGUUCCAUCUGUGGCAGGAAAUCUUCCAGUUACCACGUACAAAACGGAAACGUGUCGGUGAGGGGUUUGAGGACGGACCGGGUUCAGGAAGUGGAGCUCACAGGUUCCAGCACAUCUUGCAUCUGGCUUCGUCUAGUGGAGAAUAUGAAAAGGUUUCUCAGGGUCUGUAUGAUAAUUAUCUGUCCAUGCGUGUGAGGGACCCAAACCUCCAGAGCGCGUGCGAGGCGCUGGAUUGGCUGGCCUUCUCAGACAAGCUGAGCCACGUGAUUCUGCACGGGCAGAACUUCUCUCUGAUGAAAUACCUGCCCUUCCUUUCCAUCACAUUUCACUUCCUGUUUGCCCACACGAACGUGCCCCGCAUCAGCUAUCCCCACAGCCAGCACGAGGCCUCCUCCCGGCUCCUCAGCUGCAAGAACGCUCUGUCCACCAUGUUGGCCGACACCCCAGCAAGCAUCAGAGCGAGGAUCAGUCAGCUCAGCCUGACCCUCGAUAUCCUCACCUUGCUUCUCGACAUCAUCUGUCCCAAACUACGGCCCUUAGAAUGGGAUAACCAGCUUGUUACCUCAGCCAUGCCGGCCCGUGUGGAGGAGCAGCGGGACGCCCAGGACGGCUCCUUUCUACAGGCUCGCUGUGACGAAGUGCUGGUCACCAACGACUGGGGCCUGCCUCUAGUGCUGGCUCUGCUGCUGCUGCUGCUGAUCUACACCUUUCUGUACCUGCCCUCUCAAAAGUGGAAGCUUUUUGUUAUUGUUCGUCAUCUAACAGGGUUCAGCCGAGUGUCAGUUGCAUCACAAGUGCAUUUGUGUUUACUGCGUGUAAACAACGAGCGUCUCGUUUGUUUGUGUUUACUGCGGGUUUCCAGGCGCGUCGAGGAGGUGGUGAGGUUUCCAGGCCUGCCUCCGCGCCGCCAGCUGACGUACCAGGCCAAACAAACCAUCAGCAGAGAGAUGGAGCAGGAGAAGAUGAGGAGGGCCGAGCAACUGAUGCUGCUGCGAAACCCAGCACCGAAAGCGGAGGACAAAAAGAGCGCCGGUCCUAAAGCAAGCAGGAACCACCAGCAGAGGCUGGAGAACAUCGUCAAGCAGACCACAGUGGAGAGCAGG